CCCAAAAUGUUUGUUCUACUUGGGCUGUUGGUCGGUGCUCUUAGCCUCGCCGUGUGGUGGGUUCACCAGCUUUAUACGUACUGGAAGCGUCGGGGAAUUCCCCAUGAUCCCCCCAACUUUCCGUUCGGAAACACCGUUGAACUCCAGAGGACAAUGCAAAUGUCCCACAUUCUCAAGCGGACCUAUUUUAAAUACAAGAACCAGACCGACGGCCCUUUUGUGGGAUUCUACGUUUUUGCAAAGAAAUUUAUCGUGAUAACUGACAUUGAUUUUGUGAAAACUGUGCUGAUUAAAGACUUUGAAAAGUUCCACGAUCGCGGAGUCUACCACAACGAAAAGGAUGAUCCACUGACAAGUAAUCUGACCGCUAUCGAGGGUGAAAAGUGGAAAAACCUUCGUCAAAAGCUGACCCCCACAUUUACGUCUGGAAAAAUGAAGACCAUGUUUCCCACUGUCCUAAACGUUGGCGAUGAACUUGUUCGGGUAUUUGAUGAGAAGAUCUCAAGCUCUCCGCAGACCCUAGAAGUGACCGAUCUCGUAGCCCGUUUCACAGCCGACGUGAUUGGAAUUUGCGCCUUUGGGCUAGAAUGUAAUAGUUUGCGGGAUCCCAAGGCGGAAUUUGUCAGAAUGGGAACCUCGGCGAUUACCGAACGUCGUCAUGGCAGACUGGUGAACUUGCUAAUCUUCGGAGCUCCAAAACUAUCAGCCAAGUUGGGAAUUAAGACCCUGCCCCAGGAGAUAGAGGAAUUUUACUUGAGUAUUGUCAGGGAGACCAUCGAUUAUAGGGUAAGGAACAAGGUAACUCGGAACGAUUUCAUGGAUAUGCUGAUCGAUAUAAAGCUAAAAUACGACAAUGGCGAUAAGCAAAAUGGCCUUACAUUCAACGAGGUCGCUGCGCAGGCCUUCAUAUUCUUCCUGGCAGGUUUUGAAACUAGCUCUACCACCAUGGGAUUUGCCCUUUACGAGCUGGCCUGCAAUCAGGACAUUCAGGAUAAACUACGAACAGAAGUCGACAGUGUCCUAAAGAAACAUAAUGGAAAAUUGGACUAUGACAGCAUGCGGGAGAUGACUUAUCUGGAAAAGGUAAUCGAUGAAACCCUAAGAAAACAUCCUGUGGUGGGCCAUCUGGUCCGAAGUGCGACCAAAGACUAUGUGCACAGCAAUCCAAAAUACUUUAUUGAAGCCAACACUGGAGUUCUGGUGCCGACCCUGGCCAUCCACCACGAUCCAGAGUUCUAUCCAGAACCGGAAAGGUUCAUACCAGAACGCUUUGAUGAGGAGCAAAUACAACAACGACCCCAAUGCACUUUUCUACCUUUUGGAGAUGGUCCUCGGAAUUGUAUAGGUAUUCGAUUUGGUCGCAUGCAGGUCGUCGUUGGAAUGGCCCUGCUUAUUCACAACUUUAGGUUCGAGCUGCACCCCACUAAGACGACGGUUCCGGUCAAGUACAAUAUCAAAAGUUUUUUGUUGAGCUCCGAAGGUGGAAUUAACCUUAAUGUCAGCAAGAUAGUGAAGCACUGAAAUUAGUCAUACCAAAAAAAUGUAUCCUUAUGCAAAGAUCCUCAGACCUUACGUAAAGCCUCGGCGGUUUUGGUUGAGAAACAUAACUUAGCAUUAACAAAGUAUAGAAUUUAGGUUCUCUGUUAUCUAUAUAUUAAAA